GAGAAAAGUUUCAUUUAAACCUGGACAAAAACUUUCGACAUGAAAUCACUCUGACGUUACUGGAAUAGCUGUCAGCGAGUCGUUUCUCUUCCGAUUGCCAUCUAAAUUUAACGAAUACUGGCAUUCGUUUUUUUGUUUUCAUUAAAGCUAUUUUCCUCGUUCUGUUUUUUUUUCUCCCUUUCUCGUUUUGUCAGCAAGCUAGCUAGCUAGCGCACCAGGGUUGCUGCUUGAAAUGCUGAAGUGAUCAUGGCCGCGCAAGUGGCAUCUGCUCCGGCGACUUCUAAUAAUAAAAACACGAAUUUACCUAGUAGUUUGAGUCAAGAAUUAAACUCUGGAAGAUCGGGAGGAGGGGCGGCACAGGGAGCGAUGCUGGGAGCUGGAGAUGGGACUAGCGCUAUGAAUAAUGUAGACCACCAUCGCCAUAAUGAGAUGACCAUGGCCAAUGCAACUUGUGCGUCUUCGGCUACCAACAAUUCUGAUCCACGGGAAAAUGACAGUGGAAAUAACUCCUCGUCAGUGACCUCUUCGAAUUCCGCCGCUACUUCGAGCAUGGAGACGGGUUUGAUAGCGAAUCAUAAACUGAAAAAUGUUGGUGGUGAUCCCCCUCCUCCUCACCAUCACACUCCGCCACAGCAACAACCGCAGCAGCAACAAUUUAAUCAAUUUCAACAGCACCAUCAACGGCAGACUCAGAACAACAUCAACAACAGUCAAACACCGGCGCAGGGCGAGAGUGAGAACCGGACACAUGGACUGAAGGAGAAUAUUCUGGGAAACCAGGUCGAACCGCAGCAAAUGCUGAAUAAAAGUGACGAGACUCAUCCUUGCAAAUCGGGGGACCAGAUUGGUAGCAGGUACGAGCACGCCAGCUUGGGACCAACGAACAACAUCGGCCACCAGCCCCAAAGUACAGGUGGCAACAGCACUGUCUCUGAGUUUAAUAAUUAUUAUGGCAACGCUAGAGGAGGGCCCUGCUUUGAUCAACAUGGCGGACAACAAAGCCCUGGAAUGGGGAUAAUGCAUUCUUCGGCUCCCAGUAGUAUGGAUCCAGUACAAAACUCCCACGAAGGUUACCACAACAGUCAGUACAACCACUUCCCUAACUACCGAUCGGGCUACGGCGGCGCGGGCUACGGCGCAAUGAGCUCCUCGCGACAGGGGAGUAACAUGUUGAUGGGCCCUGGCAGUAGCAGCGCUCCGAGCCAUGGUAAAGCCGCUAUGGCUGCUGCCCCCGCUCCUGCCUCUAAUGUCGGGGGGUUUCAGCGAUUUCCAGGGCAGAGUCAGCACCCCUCUGGGGCAACCCCGACUCUGAACCAGCUGCUGACUUCCCCCAGUCCGAUGAUGCGCAGUUAUGGCAGUGGCUACCAAGAUUUCAACAGUCCCGCGGCGCAGCAGCAGCAAGCGGGCAUGGGUUUGGGAAAAGACAUAAGUUCUCAAUAUGGGUCUACAGCUCAUGGUUGGGGUGGACAACAAAGAAAUCACCCUGCUAUGAGUCCCGGAAACAGUGGACAAGGAAUCGGCAGACCCCAGGUGGGCUCCAUGGACUUCAUGGCGAUGAAGCGCUCUCAGCUCUAUGGCAUGGGCAACAACCCCUACUCCCAGCAGCAGCAGGGCGGACCUUACCCCAACCAGCCAUACGGAUCCCCCGCCCCUCACCGAUACCCAAUGGGGAUACAGGGGAGGGGCCAGGUGGGAAUGGGAGGAAUGCAAUACCCUCAACAGCAGCAGUUGGCGCCUCAGUAUGGCCAGCAGGGUGUGGGCGGGUACUGCCAGCAGGGCCAGCCUCCGUACUUCAGCCAGCCCCAACAGUCCAUGACCCCGACACAACCCCCCUACAUGCAGCCCCGUGCCCCAAACCAGCAGGAGAUUCAGCAAGAGAGCUACGGGGUACGAGGACAGCCCUCCCUGGCCCCCGGGAAGCAGAACCAGGAGGAGAUGGGCCUGGCCCAGGAGGAGAGACCCUCCAGCCUUCCUGACCUGUCGGGCUCGAUCGAUGAUCUGCCCACAGGGACGGAGGCGGGGCUGAGCUCAGCUGUCAGCGCUUCAGGCUCCACCAGCAGCCAGGGCGAGCAGAGCAACCCGGCGCAGUCGCCCUUCUCACCCCACGCCUCCCCGCACCUCUCCGGCCUGCGGAGCGGCCCCUCGCCCUCCCCCGUCGGCUCCCCUGUCGGCUCCAACCAGUCCCGAUCUGGCCCCAUCUCGCCCGCCAGCAUCCCAGGCAACCAGAUGGCUCCACAGAACCAAGGGAACAUGUCGGACAUGGGACCCCACUCCGCCCCCAGCCAGUCUCCCGUGGCCCAGGAAAGGGGGUUCAUCCCCAGCAUGCAGCGGAACACACCAUUGCCCCAGCUUGGCCCCCAGCCCUCUGCGCCCUCCAUGUCACCACACCCCUCACCCGGGAGCCAGAUGCAUCAUGGGAUGGGAUCCUACCAACAGGGCAGCUCCUACGGGCCCCAGGGUGGGCAGUAUGGGCCCCAUGGUAACUACCCCAGGCCCCCCAGCUACGGAGGGGCUCCCAGCACCAGCUACAGCGGGCCAGGCCCCGGCGUGAGCAGCAGCCUGGGCACCAGCGCGGGCAGCCCCAUGCACGGGCAGGGCCCCGGGCAGCCCUGCGGCUCCGUGCCCCUGGGCCGCGGCCGGCCCGGCCACGCCGCGCCCAGCUCUCCCAGCAUGCCGCAGGCAGCCGGCCCCGGGAUGGGCCCGCCUGCUGCCAACGUCAACCGCAAGGCCCAGGAGGCCGCGGCAGCUGUGAUGCAGGCCGCAGCAAACUCCACCCAGGGAAGGCCUCCAUAUGCAAGCUCCCCUGUCCGCCUACCACAGGGUGCACCGGGGUCACGACCCCCACCUGCACCUCAUCACCCAAUCAUCAACAGCCCUCAAACUCCUCCCACGAUGCCCCCGGGUGAGCCGUACGGGCAGGGCAGCUACCCUGGAAUGAAUCAGAUGAACAUGGGGGGCUCUGGCGCCCCCUACAGCCAGCCGCCAGGCAACACCCAAGGCAUGAUGACGCCGCAAGGCCCGCCCUACAAUGUGCCGACUUCAGGGCCCACCGGGAUGUCAGGAGAUGGAGUGAUGGGCGGGGACGCAAAGCAGAAAUCUGACACCAAGGAGGACAGCGGUGUAGCCACGGAGCCCCCCAAAACUAAGGACAGCUAUGGCUCUCAGUGCGUGUCUCAGCCCUCCACCCCCAGCGCCCUGCCCGUGCCCUCCCCGCUGUCCCCCAGCCCCGCCAGCCUGUCCUCCUUCUACGGGGACGACAGCGACAGCAUCAGCAGCCCCGCCUGGCCAAAGACGCCCUCCAGCCCCAAGUCCAGCUCCUCUACCUUCACCAGUGAAAAGAUCACCAGGCUCUAUGAGAUGGGGCCGGAGCCAGAGAGGAAGGUUUGGGUGGACCGUUACCUGUCCUUCAUGGAGGAGAGGGGCACGCCCGUGCCGACCCUGCCCGCGGUGGGGAAGAAGCCGCUGGACCUGUGCCGGCUCUACCUGGCUGUGAAGGAGAUCGGAGGCCUGGCCAUGGUGAAUAAGAAUAAGAAGUGGCGGGAGCUGUCCAGCACUCUGAAUGUGGGCACCUCCAGCAGCUCCGCCAGCUCGCUGAAGAAGCACUACAUCCAGUACCUGUUUGCCUUCGAGUGCAAGGUGGAGCGCGGGGAGGAGCCUCCGCCAGAGGCCUUCACCGGGGGCGACGGCAAGAAGCAGGCCAAGAUCCAGCCGCCAUCUCCUGCUAAUUCAGGGUCCCUCCAGGGCCCCCAGACGCCUCAGUCCACCGGCAGCAGCUCCAUGGCUGAGAUGCCGGGCGACGUGAAGCCUCCCACCCCGGCCCCCACCCCUCACGCCCAGAUGACCCCCAUGCAAGCCGGCAGGGGCAGCGCUGUUAGUAUACAGGACCCUUUCUCAGAGGUGAAUGACCCCACCUUCCAGAAGCGGAACUCGCUCACCCCUGGCGCCCCCUUCCAGCCAGGUGUGAACAUGCGAGUGCAGGACCCCUUCGCUGGCAUGAGAAAAAUGGUGGGGAGCACGGAGCCCUUCAUGCCAGGCCACAUGCCCAACAGCAGCAUGCAGGACAUGUACGGCCGCGCCCCCUCCGGUGCCCUGCCCGGGCUGGGUAUGGGCCAGCGCGGACAGUACCCGUACGGGCCCGGGUACGACAGGAGGCCGGACCAUGUGAUGGGGCUGGAGGGUAAUAUGGCUCCCCCUGGGGGUCAGAGCAACAUGGUACCUUCCAACAGUGACCCCAGCAUGUACUCACCAAACCGAUAUCCCUCCCAACAGAGGCAUGAGGGCUACAGUCAGCAGUACCCCAGCAUGCCCUAUGGAGCACACCCACCCGGAAUGUUCCCCCAGCAACAGGGCUAUAAGAGGCCCAUGGAGGGUCUGUACGGCCCCCCAGCGAAGCGGCAGGAGAGUGGGGAGAGUUACAGCCUGCAGUAUGGAGGACAGCAGUCUGACAUGUACAGCCAGUACAGCAGCGGGUACGGAGGUCCCGAGCGCCGGCCCAUGCAGGGCCCCUACCCCUACCCCUACAGCCGGGAGCGCAUGCAGGCCACGGGCCCGUCGCCCCAGCAACCGCCCCCCCAGCACACGAUGCCCCCCCACCUGCAGCCCGAGGGCCCUCCCGCCAACGUGUGGCCCCCCCGGACAGACAUGCCCUAUCCCUACCCCAACAGGCAAGGGGUGCCCCCCUACCCCCCUAUGGGCCGGGGGGACGACAUGGAAGGCCGGACCAAUCAGGACGGGCAGUGGGGCCAGCGCCACGCCUCCUUCCUGCCCCCUUCCUCCAGCACCAUGCCCCCCAUGACCACGCGGCCACCCCCUUCUUCCUAUCAGACGCCCCCCGCCAUGCCCAAUCACAUUUCCCGAGCCCCCAGCCCCGCCUCCUUCCAGCGCUCCAUGGAGGCCCGCAUGUCGCCCAGCAAGGCGCCCUUCAUGUCCUCCAUGAAGAUGCCCAAGCCGGGCGUGGCCAUGCCCGGGUCAGCCAGCCAGGCCCCGCCCACCAUCCGCCGGGAUUUCAGUUUCCCUCCAGGGUCAGUAGAGUCCACUGCGCCCGUCCUCAAACCACGACGCAAGAUUACCUCAAAGGACACCGGAACACCGGAGGCGUGGCGUGUGAUGAUGUCACUGAAGUCGGGUCUGCUGGCAGAGAGCACCUGGGCUCUGGACACCAUCAGCAUCCUGCUGCAUGAUGACAACACAGUGGGAUCCUUCAGCCUGAUCCAGUUGCCAGGGUUCCUGGAGCUGCUAGUGGAGUACUUCAGGAGGUGUGUGAUUGAGAUCUUUGGGAUCCUCGAGGAGUAUGAGGUGGGUACGAUUGGCCAGAAGACCCUCCUGGGCCCCGCCCCUGAGCAGAAGAUGGGGGUGGAGUCUCCUCCCCAUGAAAGUGACUGUGAGAAGGAGGAAGAGCUGAGGGAAGAGCCCCGAGAGGCAGGGCCUAAAGAGGCCACGCCCAGCAGAGAGGAGGCGGUCCCAGCCCUGAGGAGGGAGGAGCCACAGGCGGAGGUGAGCGUGAAGGAGGAGGAGAGAGAGCAGCGGGUGGGCAGCGGCGAGAGCCCCUCUGAACAGUCUUCCCCAGACCCAGAGCCCAGGCCCAAACAGGCCAGCAAGUACGACAAGCUGCCCGUGAAGAUCGUCCCCGCCGAGGGCGACUUUGAGCAGGACAUGUGGGAGCAGCUGGGGCAGGUGCAGGAGUUCAGCAGCGGUCUGCUGCACUGGCAGGCGGGUGGGGGCGACUCCACUAACCACAUCCAGACGCACUUCGAGAGCCGGAGCGAGCCGGAGACCCCCGCCGGUGCGGGGGGCGGGAGGGGAGGGGGGAGCGGGGAGCCGGCGAGGAGCGUCACGGCCACCAUCGACGACGUGCUGUGCGCCCGCGCGGGACCGCUGUCCGAGGGUGACGGGUACCCCUUCCGCCUGUCCCAGGAGCGGAGCCGGCACAUCACCCUGCUGGAGGACGAGCCCCGCACGCUGGACGAGGCACCGCUGUCCACCACCGCCGCCUGGCAGGACUCGCUGUCCCGCCGCUGCGUCUGCGUCUCCAACAUCCUGCGCGGCCUCUCCUUCGUCCCCGGCAACGACGCCGACAUGGCCCGCCACCCGGGCCUGGUGCUCAUCCUGGGGAGGCUGGUCCUGCUGCACCACGAGCACCCGGAGAGGAAGCGGCCGGCGCACGCCUAUGAGAGGGAGGAGCCGGAGCGCAAGGGAGACCGCGACCGGGAGCGGGACCGGGACCACGAACAAGACCGCGAACGAGAUCAGGAGCGAGACCGGGACCAUGAACGAGACCGCGAACGAGAUCGGGAGCGAGACCGAGACCGAGACCGGGACCACGAACGAGACCGCGACCAUGAGCGAGACCGGGAGGCAGACCGGGAGAGAGACCUGGAGCGAGAGCGGGAGGCAGACCGGGAGAGAGACCCGGAGCGAGAGCGGGAGGCAGAGCGGGAGCGACACCCCGAGAGAGACCGGGCGUGUGACCGCGGCCUGGCCUGCAGCAAGGACGAGUGGUGGUGGGACUGCCUGUCCACGCUGCGGGAGAACACCAUGGUGACGCUGGCCAACAUGGCCGGCCAGCUGGACCUGUCGCUGUACCCCGAGAGCAUCUGCCUGCCCAUCCUGGACGGGCUGCUGCACUGGAUGGUGUGCCCGUCCGCGCAGGCCCAGGACCCCUUCCCCGGGGCGGGGCCGGGCUCCGCCCUCACGCCGCAGCGGCUGGCGCUGGAGUGCCUGUGCAAGCUGAGCGUGCAGGACGGCAACGUGGACCUGCUGCUGGCCACGCCCCCGCUCGGCCGGCAGGACCGCUUCUACGCCGCGCUCGUGCGCUACGUGGGCGACCGCAAGAACCAGGUGCACCGCGAGAUGGCGGUGGCGGCGCUCUCCAACCUGGCGCGGGGCGACCCGCUGGCCGCGCGCGCCAUUGCCCUGCAGAAGGGCAGCGUGGGAAGCCUGGUCAGCUUCCUGGAGGACGGCGUGGCGCUGGCGCAGAACCAGCUCGCGCUGCUCCACGCCCACGAGCCGCCCAGCGUCAGCAUGAUGUGCCGGGCCGCCAAGGCGCUGCUCGCCCUGGCCCGCGUGGAGGAGAACCGGCCCGAGUUCGCGCUCUACGAGAGCCGUCUGCUGGACAUCUCCAUCUCCUCCGCGCUGAACUCGGCCGUCGCCACCGUCAUAUGCGAAGUGCUCUUCCAGAUCGGCCACACAUGACAGGGGCGGGAAACCAGCACCACGAACGAACCACACACACAAUCGCAGAACGCUGUCCGUGGUUUUAUAUUUUUAUUUAAA